AUGAAAGUGGACGCAGCGCGGUGGGAGAGCAUGCAGUUUCUGGCUUUGGGCAGCACUCAGGUGGAGGCUGGGAAAUCAAGGAGGGAUUGGGGGCAUCCCCGGGGAACGUGGCGCCGCCGCGCGAGGGAAGGGCGGUCCGGGGACGUGGGAGGUAGCCCCCAGAGCAGGCCGGAGCUCGCCGCCCGAGCGGGGGUCCAGGACCCAGAGGGAAGAGGGCGCAGUGAGGCGCGAGCAGGAGGCCGCCGGUCUACGGCGAGCCGGGGGAGGGGAGCAAGCGCCUGGGGCUGCCGCGGGGACCGGAGGGAGGGGGAGGGGCGCCUACCUGGACGUGCAGGGCGGCAGCGGUCAGUCCCGGUGGAGACUCCUCUCUCGCUGAGGCGGCGGCCGUGUCGGCCCUGGGAGCUCGAGGCUGCGGUGGGUGGCAGCAGGGGUGAUGGCGGCAAGUCCCUGUGGCGGCCGCCUCCGCCGAACCGCAUCCCUCCUCCCCGACCCGCCCUCCUUCCCUAUCUCCCGCUCCUAAACUUCUUCCCCGGGAUAAACAAACCCGCCGCCAGGGGCGGCCACCUCCGCCGCUCCCGCCCCCGCGCAGACCCCACCCCCCCGCCGCGGGCCCGUCUGGGCUCCGGCUUCCGAGUUACGACUCCAGCCCCGGCCCCAGCCCGCGAGGGCGCGUGCGCGCGGCGGCGGCGGCUCCCGGGCCGUUGCUCCCUCCUCCAGCGCCGGGCACUUCCGGGCGGGUUCCGAUUUGCCGCCGUGCUUGGGGAGCCGCUGCCGCCGCCGCCUGGCACUGGGCUCCCGGCUGGGCAGGCUCUGCAGCCCGCACCGCUCUGGCUAGGCGCACGGAGGCGCCUUGCUUAGCUUGACCCCUAUUUGGCCAGCGUAAAACUUGUCCUGCCUAAAAGCCUGCUGAGACCUCCUAACUGGUCUAAUCCGCGGGAGACGCCAAAGGCGGCGGCCGUUUGUGCGCACAGGAUUUUUCUUGGAGCUGUAGCAGUCUAGGAAGCCAGGGUGGAACUUUUGCUAAGCUCCCGUUGUGAGCCCAGAGCUGUAAUAACUGCUGAGACACAACCAGCAGUAUACAGGCUCCAGUUGGAAAUCGAGAACUUUCCAGGGCUGUCACCCAGGCUGGAGUGCAGUGGUGCCAUCACAGCUCACUGCAGCCUCGACCUCCUAGGCUAAAGUGAUCCUCCCAACUCAGCCUCCCAAGUAGCUGGGAUUACAGGAAUGUGCCACGCCCAGGUCCAUCCAGCUGAAGUCAAAAAUGCACCUCUCAGGCUGCCCCCAGUGACUCCAGUUUCCUAGCAGAGCCUAACCAGGCUCAUAGGUGGAAGAGACUUGCCUUAUCUCAGAUGAGACUUUGGACUUGGACUUUUGGGUUAGUGCUGGAAUGAAGCUUCUGGACAGCAAAAGAACCCAUCAUCAGAGUGAACAGGCAAACUACAGAAUGGGGGAAAAAUUUUGCAAUCUAUCCAUCUGAAAAAGGGCUAAUAUCCAGAAUCUACAAGAAAUUUAAACAAAUAUACAAGAAAAAAACAACCCCAUCAAAAAGUGAGCAAAGGAUAUGAACAGACACUUCUCAAAAGAAGACAUUUUUGGGAGGCCAAGGCAGGAGGAUCACCGGAGGUGAAGAGUUUGAGACAAGCCUGGCCAAUAUGGAGAAACCCCAUCUUACUAAAAAUACAAAAAUUAGCUGGGCGUGCUGGUGGGCACUUGUAAUCCCAGCUACUUGCGAGGCUGAGGCAGGAAAAUUGCUUGAACCCCAGAGGCGGAGGUUGUAGUGGGCCAAGAUUGUGCCACUGCACUCCAGCUUGGGUGACAAGAGCAAAACUCUGUCUCAAAAAAAAAAAAAAUACACCUGUAAUCUCAGGACUUUGGGAGGCUGAGGCGGGCGGAUCAUGAGGUCAGGAGAUCGAGACCAUCCUGGCUAACAUGGUGAAACCCCAUCUCUACUAAAAACACAAAAAAUUAGCUGGGCAUGGUGGCAGGCGCCUGUGGUCCCAGCUACUUGCGAGGCUGAGGCAGGAGAAUGGCGUGAACCUGGGAGGCAGAGCUUGCAGUGAGCUGAGAUCGUGCCACUGCACCCCAGCCUGGGCGAUAGAGUGAGACUCUGUCUCAAAAAAAGAGAAAAAAAGAAGACAUUUAUGUGACCAACAAACAUGUGAAAAAAACUCAUCAUCACUGGUCAUUAGAUGAAUCAAAACCACAAUGAGUUACCAUCUCAUGCCAGUUGGAAUGGCGAACAUUAAAAAGUCAGGAAAUAACAGAUGCUGGAGAGGAUGUGGAGAAAUAGGAAUGCUUUUACACUGUUGUUGGGACUGUAAACUAGUUCAACCAUUGUGGAAGACAGUGUGGCAAUUCCCCAGGGAUCUAGAAUCAGUAAUACCAUUUGACCCAGCAAUCUCAUUACUGGAUAUAUACUCAAAGGAUUGUAAAUCAUUCUGCUAUAAAGACACAUGCAUAUGUAUGUUUAUUGCAGCACUGUUCACAAAAGCAAAGACUUGGAACCAACCCAAAUGCCCAUCAAUGAUAGACUGGAUUAAGAAAAUGUGGCACAUAUACACCAUAGAGUAAUAUGCAGCUAUAGAAAGGAUGAGUUCAUGUCCUUUGCAGGGAUAUGGAUGAAGCUGAAAACCAUCAUUCUCAGCAAACUUAUGCAGGAACAGAAAACCAAACACUGCAUGUUCUCACUUGUAAGUGGGAGUUGAACAAUGAGAACACACGGACACAGGGAGGGGAACAUCACACACUGGGGCCUGAUGGGGAAUGGGAGUUAGGGGAGGGAUAGCAUCAGGAGAAAUACCUAAUGUAGAUGACAGGUUGAUGGGUGCAGCAAACCACCAUGGCAUGUGUAGACCGAUGUAACAAACCUGCACGUUCUGCACAUGUAUCCCAGAACUUAAAGUAUUAAAAAAAAAAAAAGACUUUGGGGGACUAUUGGGAAGGCAUGAUUGGUGUUGAAAUGUAAAAGAGACAUGAGGUUUUGGAGGGGCCUGGGGCAGAAUGAUAUGGUUAGGUUUUGUGCCCCCACCCAAAUCUCAUCUUGAAUUGUAAUCCCCAUAAUCCCUACCUGUCAAGGGAGAGACCAGGUGGAGAUAAUUUAAUCAUGGGGUCAGUUCCCCCAUGCUGACCUCAUGAUAGUGAAUUCUUAGGAGAUGUGAUGGUUUUAUAUAGGGCUCUUCCCUCCUCACUCAGCACUUCUCCUUCCUGCCACCUUGUGAUGAAGGUGCUUUGCUUCCCCGUCACCUGCCAUGAUUGUAAGUUUCGUGAGGUCUCUGCAGUCAUGCUGAACUGUGAGUCAAUUAAACCUUUUUCCUUUAUAAAUUA